AUGGCACUCCUGGGUUUUAUCACUGUGACAGAAUCUGACAUCCUGGGCUUCAGUACACUUUCUUCGUUGAUCUGGGGUCAGCAUGAAGUCGAUCUCGUGUCGUUGUUUUUUGUCAUUCCAGAGUCCAGAUCAUCUUUGCUUUCUCAUUAUCUUGCAAUAAGCAAUGAGGCUGAGUGCGACGUUCAGGGCAAAGAACGUCCUUCAGCCGAACACUCAGAGUCGUGGGUGAUCCUUGCGGCGACAGAUAAAGUUGAGGAUGGUGCAGCUCUUUGCCUGAGGAGAUCGCUGUCGGAUACUGUGAACAUUCUUAGAACAGAAGGUUUCCAUCUACCAACUGUGAGUGAGAGUGAUGCUAUGUUCACAGCCGACCGAGCACCAGAUUGGGCCGACGGUGAAUGCUGUCACCGAUGUAGGUCACAGUUUACUAUUAUAAGGCGAAAGCACCAUUGCCGUGCUUGUGGGCAAGUCUUUUGUGGGGAUUGCUCAAGCAAAUUUUCCACCAUCCCAAAGUUCGGCAUUGAGCGUGAAGUUCGUGUUUGUGAGUCCUGUUAUGAUGACAUCAACAAAUCAACAGUUCUGGACCCAGUGCCCUGGGGCCAAGAGACCAGACCAGCAGAAAGUCCUCAGCGCCCACCAGCCAACACCAGUAAAGUGGAGAGUGAAGAAGCCAGUAGUCCCAAAGCUGCUAAGACACCUGGCAAAAAGAGUGAGGAAGAGCUCAAGGAAGAAGAAGAACUUCAGCUGGCUCUAGCACUGUCGAAGUCUGAGGCCGAGAAUAAAGAGAAGGAGGUAAGUGGCUAUGACACUCCAAACUAUGUCGUCUGAGAGAGCUGAACACAU